AUGUCUGAAGUGCCGGAGAUAGAAGCGAAAGAUAGCAAGUGCUUGAAAGAAUACGGUGGUGACGUUGGUUUCAGAUUUUGUGCGCCUCGGAUAUUUCCGACGUUUUGUUACACUCGCUGCCGUGAGAACAAGGGGGCUAAAGGCGGAAGAUGCCUUUGGGGAGAAGGCAGUGCGGUUAAAUGCUUAUGCGACUACUGCAGCGAUACGCCAUAA